AUGGCUCGGUUCCGCACCCACCAGCACAAGAAGAACACCCGCUCUUUAGCCUCCGAGGGCCCGUGGAAGGUCGAUACACCGUUUGGACCGCCUGAGAUCUCGCACAUCCACGUCCCCGGCGGCAUCCGACGGAUACGAAAUACCUUUGCGAAAUUGACCCCAUCCGCGCGAGCCGAGCGGCAACUGCUCAGACAGAAGAACCUAUGCAAGAGCCCCCUGACUGAGCGCAACGUCGACACAUUCGUCACGCACCAGGAAUUCACGGAUGCCUGUUACCCGAAUCAACACAGCAAUGAAGUACAAGUGGUCGCUUGGCUUGAUCGACUGUACUGA